UUAACAAAUCAGUAUUUCCAAGUCGUGCUACGGUUUCUUCCUCGAUUGUCGUUUCUUUUCUUUUUUUUUUUUUUUAUUUGCCGUCUCCGAUCUCGAGACCCAAAUCUAUCGCCAUGGAAUAGGUCGGAGCGGUUUCGUAGGCGUUGCCGUCGCAACUCAGCUACCUUUUUUUUCCCUUCAAAGUCCUCGUUUUGAAGCUUCUUAUGAGGCACAGAGCUUGUUCCUCGCCUUGCGGGGCAUCCUCCUUCACCCCCGGCAAAAUGAAAUUCGAGAGUAACCAACCAUGUAACUCGGAAGCGAGUUACAUUUGUAGAGUACCGUCGGGUACCAGCUGACAACAAAUGGAUCUAUGUGGUAAAUAAUGCAAGGUUGAAGUCAAAGGAGUCAACACUUGCAAACUCAACUUCCAUGGUGGUCAAGGAGGAUAUUUGGAUUCUCUGUGUCUCUCAUUCUCAUCAACCUUGCUUCUAUUAUGGAGCGUGCCGAUGAGAGUCUAUUACCAGCAGUUUAUAAAGAAGUUAGUCAGGCCUUCAAUGCUGGUCCUAUUGAGCUCGGAUACCUUACUUUCAUACUAAAGUUUGUUCAGUCAAUAGCAUGUCCUGUGGCAGGCGUGCUAGUCCUUUAUCACGACCGCCCUGUUGUUUUGGCAAUGGGUACUGCCUUCUGGGCUUUGUCCACAGCUGCAGUUGGUUUGAGCCAGCGUUUUGAGCAGGCUGCAUUUUGGAGGGCAAUAAAUGGGUUUGGGUUGGCCAUUGUCAUACCUGCACUGCAAUCAUUCAUCGCAGAUAGUUAUAUGGACGGUGUGCGUGGUACUGGAUUUGGCUUGUUAAGCCUUGUAGGUGCAGUAGGGGGUAUCGGAGGUGGUGUUCUGGCUACAAUUAUGGCUGGACACGAGUAUUGGGGAAUACCAGGAUGGCGUUUUGCUUUCAUCAUGAUGGCAUCAGUGAGCUUGCUGAUUGGAGCUCUGGUAUAUCUGUUUGUUGUUGAACCUAGGAAAGAUCCUUUGGCUGCUCAUGGUGCUGAUGAUGACACUGAAAGGGCCAUCCUGGUUCCGAAAGGUACCGUAACUGUAUCUUCGAUCUGGAGUAAUUCCUGGUUAGCAAUGAAAUCUGUGAUGAGAGUGCAUACAUUUCAGAUCAUUGUCCUUCAAGGCAUUGUUGGUUCAUUACCAUGGACAGCCAUGGUUUUCUUCACAAUGUGGUUUGAAUUGAUAGGAUUCGACAAUAACAGCUCAGCUGCGUUAAACAGCUUUUUCGCCGUCGGAUGUGCUUUGGGUUCCUUCCUAGGGGGAUACAUAGCUGACAGCAUCUCCAAGUACUACCCUGACUCGGGCCGAGUUAUGUGCGCUCAAUUCAGUGCCUUCAUGGGCAUUCCUUUUUCUUGGAUUCUUCUUACUCGAAUCGAGCAGUCUGUAGAAAACUGGAAUGCUUUUGCCGUCACACUGUUCUUCAUGGGCUUAUGCAUUAGCUGGUGUGCCUCUUGCGCCAACAACCCCAUGUUUGCAGAGGUUGUCCCACCCAAGCACCGCACAAUGAUUUAUGCAUUUGAUCGAGCAUUCGAGGGAUCGUUCGCCUCAUUUGCAGCACCAGCAGUAGGUUACCUUACCGAGAAGAUUUAUGGUUAUGAUCCAAAAUCAUUCGAGACAUCAGGCGGCUCCGCUCAAGGUGCAUUAGCACUAUCAAAGGGUCUUCUGGUGAUGACUAUCAUUCCUUUCGGCUUGUGUAGCUUAUUUUACAGCCCCCUCUAUGUGAUAUUUAAGCUCGAUCGGGAUCGCGCUAAGGUGGCCUGUUCAAAGGAGCUAGAAAUGAUCUCGUAGAAAGACAGUAGCAACUUCGCGAGCUUAGUGUAGAUGAUGAUUUAGUCGAAUGCACUGGAAAUCUUCGUUUGUAAUAAGUUCGAAGUUUUGACCCCCUUUCAUUUGUAUUUAUCUCAUCUUAACCAUUCUAGUUCA